AUGUCUUCUAUCACAUUAAUGACCUCAAUGAACAACUCAACCCAACCCCCAAACCCACAAACCGAACCAACCCAUACAUUACCACCCAUCCAAGCACCAUACUAUCAUCCAUCCUAUCCACUCACCACACCAGGCGUAGAUAUAAUCUUAUGCUCAUCUGAUUUAAUUUCAUGUAGAUUUGCAAUUUGUUCAAGUCGAUUUGAUUCAUUACAAGCUCAUGAACUUAUCUCAUCUCAUCAUCCUAUCUCAAUCGAUUUUGAAUUUCCUUUAAUCAAACUUAAUCAAACUAAAGAAGUGAUUGAAAUUAUUUUAUUGUGUCUUGAUUUGAAGAUGAAACCUGAUUUGACUAUUUAUACAUUUGAUCAGCUAGUGAGUGCAUUAGAAGCUGUGGCAAGCAGAGAAGAACUCGCCAAGGUUGAACGACUUUGUUUACUUGCAAUAGGAACAUACUACAAAACCAAACCUAUUCAAGUUUUCGCUCUAGCAGAAAUUUAUGAAUAUGAUUGGAUGGCUAGAUUAGCAUCUGAAUAUACAUUAUCAUUAGACAUCAAUUUACCUAUCCAUAAAUGUCUUCUUUCCAUUGAAGCUUUCAACGCAUUAAACGAACUUCAUUCGUUUCGAAGAAUCCAAGCUCGUGAUAUCCUAGACACCCUAACCCUUCCGAUCUACGAACCACACCAUCCGACCCACUGUAACCCCACCGAACUGAUCAAGUUUUGGAACCGAUCCUUAACCCGACUCAAAAGAAUUGUAUGGAAUUCAAGAGCUAAUCUAAACCUAAACCAAAUACUUUUAACCGAACUUUGA